ACGAGAUUGGCCUUCUAAAUAAUUCGUCUUCCGUAAUACUAUUUAUAUUGAAAAGCAUACCACAAAGUUGUAAUGCUUCAUGUAUUAUUUAUCUUUACACUACGUGUAUACUAGCAUAAACUGCAAUAAAAUAAAUCUUUGUGAAACAUAAAAUAACCUUUUCUUCUGUACAAGAGAAAUACAGUUUGAAAAAGUAUCUCGAAAGAACUGAUUAAACUCACAUAUAUAUAUAUUGUCAGAAAUAAACAUAUGCACAGCACUGAGAGCAUAUUCCUUCGUGAGAGUGAUUCUACCACACCUUUAUUUUUACACAUACUUUUUAUUAUAAAUAACUGCUAAAUUUAACGAACAAUAGGUUCCUAAUCACCUUUAAAUUUCCAAUAAAACAAUUUUAUUUUUAUCUCUCAUUAAUUGAUCUCUCAAAUAUUAGCACACGCUUUACCCUCUAAUAACACGAAUACGGUUCCGUUCUGACAUCUUUCUAUCUUACUGUUUCUCUUAGCAUUGAUAAUAUGACUUGUCAAACUAUGUGAUAGAAAAUCUGAGAGAGGACUAAGAUAACUUGAAAUUUACCGGCUGUACUGAACGAAAUAGUGCCGAGAAAAAAAAAUUACUUUCAUCUGAAAGUUGCAAGAUCUUCACAAACCAAAAAGAAACACUACUUUUAUAUUUAUACAUUAUAGGUAAGCAUGUAUAGAAAACUCGAAACAAAUAUAAUCCUGACAUGAAGGUGUUUCAUCUCACUAUAAAUAAUAAUAAUGAAAACCAAUUAUAAUCUGAAAUGACUGACUGGGAAAGAAUUAAAACUCGAUACUUACAAAAUGGCCCUCAACAUAAUCUGUUAACUACUAGAAAAAAAAAUUCUAGCACCUAUAACUAGAGCAAAUAUAAUACUAAAACACAUAGAUAAAAUAGAAACAAAUAACAUAGAAACCAAGAACAAAAGAUUGAGUGUCUAACGGUGCAAAGAAGCAUAGAGAUCACAUGUUAUCUUCCUCAUGAUUGUUUUGUAACUGUAUUCUUACAUUCUCAGAAUAAAAGAAGUACAGGCACAGACCACUUUAAGCUGAGAGAUCUUUAUUCGACACUGACCAUAAUGUGGUUAAUCUGCAAUAAAAUGCACAUGGAAACUGAAACUGAUGAUCGCUGGAUGUUUGGGAGAUCUUUGGCAUCCUGUGGUAAUUUUCCGGUUAUAACUUCAUUGCCAGUGGUUUACAACAACUAGACCAUAGUGAGAACUUCAAAAUGAGCACGUUUAUGAAGGUUUGCUGUGCAUUUGUCAUUCUUCUGAAGCUGAUGAAAGGAGCGCUUUUGAUGACGUGUGGAUUUUCUAACUUUACCGAAAGCCUGAUUAAAGAAGAAUACAGUUCUAUCAAUAUCAACUACACCAUCAACGUUACGGCAAGUCCUGAUGUUACAGACAUGUUUUAUGCUCAAUAUACGGUUUGUGAAGGAAACUCUUUGAAAACUCCAUGUAUAUUUAUUUACGAGAAAGACUUUAGCACCGAGUUUAAGAAGGACUUUAGUGGGAGGACAGGAGUCACCUGCUACUGGGAACAACGACACGUGAGCAGCUCUGUGGUGGCUUUAGACAUCUACAUCUCUCAGGUCGUCACCAGGUCACUGAGUGCGAUUAUCCUCUCUACUGACAGAGGCGAGGCACCAAAACCUACUCGACUGAUACGUGUUGAGGUGUUGUAUCCACCCAAUGUCACGAAUCUGACUGUGGACGGGGGCGAUAAUGUCAUCAUCGAUGAGGGCCAGGUGGUCAGUGUCGCCUGCUUCUUUGAGAAGGGCAAUCCAGCAGGUUUCUUUUAUUUGCUGGAUAAACAUGGAACGAAGCUGAAUUCCUCUAGUUCUGAAGGACACCUUAGCUACUCUCUUACUGCCCGGUGUGAAGAUGACUGGCCAGUAGUCAGGUGUGAAGGCAACGGGUCGCAACAUAAUAGGUCUGUGACACUACUCGUCAAGUGUCGUCCUCAGUUUGUUGACAAGUCAACGAAAAUUGUUAAUCCUGCUGUUGACACUGUAACGUUUAGUAUCAAGGCCCACACCACAGCAGUCAAUGGAUGUCUCCUGACAUCUCUCACUUUACAACAUAACAACACGAGGGAAGUGAACUGCACCCUUACUGGGGAUCCACCUGACCUCGUCCUGAGUCUUCAGCUCGAGAAAGACAGUUUCCGUGGAAACUGGACAUUGACACUAAGCAAUGACUGGGGUUCUUCCAACACAACUUUCAUUGUCUUAGAUGAGUCAAUGCCAGAGCGAUCUUCAGGAAAAACAAUAAACAUCAAACUGGUGUGCGGUAUUGUGGCUGCUGUUGUUGUGAUCGCUGUUGCUGGUACUGUUGCCAUUGAAAAGGUCAAAAAGAAGAAAUACGGAUCAGACGACACAAAUAGACAUACAGUUGGAAACAGAGGAUCGAAUGAUAAUCGACGAGGAAGUUGUGCAAGUAUGAUUGUCAAUGAUGUGUAUGAAACGAGUGGAGCGGUUAACAACAACAACCACACCAUCCACACGUGUAGUCCUCCCACCCGAGACCCUCUUUCUCCACUGACCAUGUCGGAGAUGCCAGCUCGCCCUCCACGUUCACAGCACGCGCAGACACGAGUCACUGCUGCUGAUGUUCAUCAUGUUUCUUGUAACGCAUCAUUGGGAGCAGAAGAGAAUACCUACGUGUCUGCACCUGAGGUUCGAGAGAAAAAACGAUUAAAAAAACAAGUUGGUGCUGAUGACUCACAGGGUGACACCUAUGUUUCGGCAAGAGAAGUUCGCAAAGAAAAGAAGAGAACACGAGAAGAAUUGAAGGCACCUCUUGCCAAGGUCAGCGAUGAAGCCCAAACAACAAUGUCACUGGAGAAGCCAUCUUGUAGCAGAAACGCUGAUGGAUUAAUUUACGGAGACCUAGACUUUACAACCACAAAUUUGCCCAAGGACAUCAUCGGCUCCACAACAAAAACUGAAUACGCCGACAUCAAAGGCACCGCCAUCGUCCCCCCACCCCGAAACUACAAACAAAAAAUAAACAGACCGAAGAAAGAGUAAAGGAGGGAUUACUAAAGGAUGAACGGGAUGGAAAGGAAAGAGGACCUCACGAUAAAAAAACAUCUUGCUUAAUAUUUUGUUUUUGUUUAACUUGUGCUUAGAAGACAACAAUCCUAAUUACGAGUACAAUACUGAACAGGGUCUGAUUACACUCUGCACAAUUACAGUAAUAAAAGAACCUCCAGUACCUUCCCUAUUAAUCUCACAGGAUUUAAUAAUUGUAAAGUGCAAUGGUUACAGAAAUCCUUCAAUAUGUCCUGGUUUUAUUUAUUUUUUUUGUAUUGUCUCUCUCUCUGUUCCCUCUCUUUCUCAUCUAUUUCUCCAGCUUUUUUUGCUUGUGUCUGUCCAGGAAGCAUACACAUAUGUACUUGCAACUUCAAACGUCCUGCAGUGGACACAAAUCUUGCCAAAUACUGGAAUGGAUUCAUGCAUAAUUGUCUCUGCUGGAAAAUAUCCACAAUCAAGCCUUGUAUCUCCAUAUUACAAUACCUGACUAAUCUGCUCAUGUUAUUUACGAUCCUUAUUCGCAUAAACUGUACAUCUUGUUACAUUAUACAUCUCUAUUUUUUUACUUAGUGUACAUAUUUGAUACAAGGUUCUGCAGAUUAAUAGCAAUUUCCAUGUGUCGCUCAACGGCUGUUGUAAAUAGUUCGUAGGAAUGAAUUUUCGUAUGAUCUUUGUUGUUUGUCUCAGAACACCCUCCACAUGUACCUCAUUAGUGAUUGUGGAACAUGUGACCCACACGUGCUGCAGUUCACGGCACGUCACGUGACACAGAUUUUGAUUGUUACUGGGAUUUUGUCUGACUAUACUCCAACCCCACUAUGGCCAUUUACAUUCACACUUUACAUGAACUGAUCAUAUUCUUUUUUUCUGCUUGGAUUAUUAUGAAAUUUUUUUCCUUUUAGUUAGCGUGAGACAUAUUUGGCUUACAAAUUAUUUUUUCCUAAUGACCAACACUUCAACAGCUGCUUACAUUAUUUCUCCUGUUAUACUACAGCAAACAGGAACUACAAGAUUAAACACAAGUUCAGUGUAGACUGGGCUUCUUGUAUUCAGAUCCUGUCUAGGACAAGUUGUCAUCUAUCUACAAGAAGCAGCUGUGUGGUGGGCUGAGUGCCAGGCCCUGUUACAUCCUUGCCUCUAACGAUUCACACAGUGGCCAUCAUUAAGCCUUGUGUUGCUCAGAUUCAUACAAGUCUCUUGUGUACAUAUUUCCAGUAGCUGGUGGUCUGAUUUUCUCAUCGUUUUCUCCCCUCUUCAACGUUUGUUAAGCAGUAAAAUGCGUUGAUUUGUUAUUAUUGUUGUUAUUAAAGAUGCAUAUGUAAGUCAAAAGAGAACAAGCGGAAUGGAAUGUGUUGCUUGGCUGGAAGUACGUGUCCAUCGCAGCUCCCUGUGAAUAAAGAUAAAGAAUUUAGAAUUCAACAUCCCAUCAAGAGAUUUUCAAGUGGAUACGAAUCAGCAAGCUGAAAUAAACGGAGUCAAGAUUACAGUAGAUAGCAAUGUGCUCACUAUUUUCAACCUGUAUUGCCCACCCGACAAAGAACUUUCCCUGCAGACUCUUGAUAUCCCUGCCGAAACCUGUUUGGCUGUCGGCGACUUCAACAGCCACACAACCUGCUGGGGCUACGACGAGACGGAUAAUAGAGGAGAGGAAGUGGAGGACUGGCAGAUCGAUAGCAAGAUGAUCCUGCUGAACGAUCCAGAAGACCCACCGACUUUCUUCUCGCGCAGAUGGAUCUCCUCAACGACCCCUGACCUUGCUUUCGCCACUGACGACCUCUCCAAGAAAACAACCAGAGGGGUGCAGAACCAGUUAGGCGGCAGCGACCACAGACCUGUCAAACUGGCCAUCAACUUGCAGUACAGGCCCCAAGAUUCAAAGACAUUUCCCAGGUGGAAUUACAAGAAAGCCAACUGGGAUAUUUUCGUCUCAUUGUCAGACCAGUACACCAAAGGAAUACGUGUGGCAGACCAGAACAUCAACCGUGCCAUCGAUGCAUUCAACAAGGCGAUCAUUAAAGCUGCUUCAGAAACAAUACCACAAGGCGCACGAAAGAACUAUAGGCCAUACUGGACAGAAGAACUCCAAGAACUAGAAGAUGAAGUCUCCAAGACCAGGAAAAAGUUUGAGAAUGACCCCACCAUAGAAAACAACAUAGCACUGAAAGAAUCAAGCGCCAAAUACAGAAAAGCCUGCAACGAAGCUGCAAGAAAGAGCUGGAGAGAAAAGACAGAAGAACUGAACCUAGACAGAGAAGGA